UUUUUCCCACAGAUUUUCUUUUGUCCGCUGCGGCUCGCCGUCUGCGGUCUUCGUUGGAAGAUGGCGGCGCCCACGGUGCAGCUGAGCCACGUGGCCGCGAGCGCGACCCGGGCACCGCAUGCGGUGUGCUGGGGCCGAAACGGCCUCGUGAGCUUCGGCUCGGCGAAUUCUGUAGUACUCUACGUGCCCCAGAAGGAAAAUUCUGCAGGGUUUGUUUACAGCACUCUAAAUGAGCACACUCAACGAGUAAAUUGUGUACAUUGGAUUCAAAAGAAUGACCUGAGUCCUGAAACAGAGCUCCUUUCAGGAGGGUCUGAUCAUAUCGCCAUCCUUUGGGUGAAGCAAAACUCUCAGUUUAAAUGCUCUGAAAAGUUACAAGGACACAAAGGGGCAGUGACAGCAGUGGACGGCCGUUCCCUGGCCUCCAGGCAAGAUGAACCUGACGUUGUAAUGCUUGUCACAUCUGCUGCUGAUUCCACCGUGCGGAUUUGGCUUAGGCACGUUACAGAAGAUGAUGUUGCUGCAUCCAAGGUUGAAUGCGUUCAAGAACUUUCAUUUGGAACGGGAUUCGCAAUGGAUAUCUCUCUUGCCGAGUUACCAGGAUCGAAAGAACCCAUACUCGCCUGUGGAGGAGAUGGUUGUAAAUCGCAGCUGUAUACUCAGCAAUAUGGGCAGUUUGUCCAGCAGCAGUUGUUAGUUGGACAUGAGGACUGGAUUCAAGGCCUGGAGUUUGUUCAAGAAGAUGGAGGCGAUCUCUUACUGGCCAGCUGCUCGCAAGACUGCAUGAUCCGCCUAUGGAGAGUCUCCCCAAAGUCACCCGGAGAGGAGCUGGCUUUUCCACGACAGGAAGAAGGGGUCCUAAAACUGAAAGAAAAUACCUUCUCUGUCCUGACAAGUGAUCAGACAUUCUUGUACUAUGUCAAGUUGGAAGCAGUGCUGGCUGGACAUGAAAACAGGGUUUAUGGGGUGCACUGGCAGCCUGCAUCGAUUCAAGAUGGCAAGCACAGCCAGCCAAUGAAUCUGCUCUCGGCGUCAAUGGAUAAGACCAUGAUCAUUUGGAGUCCUGAUGAGGAGACAGGUGUCUGGCUUGAGAAGGUACGUGUGGGGGAGGUGGGAGGAAACACGCUGGGCUUCCUGGGCUGUCAGUUCAGCGCCGAGGGCACUGCCAUUAUUGCUCACGCGUUCCACGGUGCCCUUCAUCUCUGGCACAGUGACUGUCAGCAGAAGGAGGAGUGGAGGCCGGGGGUUGUCAUCUCGGGACACUUUGGGCCAGUCCAGGAUCUGUGCUGGGAGCCCGAAAAAGGAGGAUAUAUUCUGAGUGUGAGUUCUGACCAGACCACUCGACUCUUUGCACCGUGGAAAAGAGACCGCUGUCAGGUGACAUGGCACGAGGUCGCGCGGCCACAAAUCCAUGGCUACGACAUGCAAUGUCUGGCGCCGCUCGGUAAGCACCGCUUUAUAUCGGGUGCUGACGAGAAGGUACUGCGAGUGUUUUCCGCCCCUCGAAGUUUCCUGCACAACCUGGCAAGCAUCAGUGGCCACCAAGCACAAGAGCUUCCCACUGCCGCCGGGGUGAGCAGUGAUUUGCCAGAGGGAGCAAGUGUUCCUGCACUUGGUCUGUCGAAUAAGGCUGUAUAUCAAGCAGACAUUGUGACCUGCCGAGGUGAGCCGAAUGACGAUCGGGAGAUAGAGGUGUCGGCCAAUGAGCAAUAUCAAGAGAUGUACUUCCAAGCCGUUGCUUUACAAGAACCCCCAAUGGAGGACCAUCUACUGCAGAACACCCUGUGGCCGGAAGUGCAAAAGCUGUAUGGUCAUGGUUAUGAAGUAUUCAGUGUUGCAGCUCACCCAGCAGGGAGUUUGGUAGCAUCAUCCUGUAAGGCAUCCAAGCCGGAGCACGCAGCAAUUCUUCUGUGGGAUGCCGGGACAUGGUGUGUUGUGGGCAUCUUAUCAUACCAUGGCCUCACAGUCACUCAGCUGGCAUUUUCGCCCGAUGGAUCGUGCCUCUUGGCCGUUUCCAGAGAUCGGACGUGGUCUCUUUGGCGCCAUCGGGACGCGUCACAGCCACAGACAGAUGACGCCUCUUUGUACAGGCUGCUCGCAAGCACUGAUAAGAAGACGGCCGUGCACACGCGCGUCAUCUGGGCCUGCGACUGGUCUCACGACGGCAAAUAUUUUACGACGACCAGCAGAGACAAGAAGGUGGUGGUGUGGGGCAAGCAGGAGAAUGCGUUUCCAACCGGUGCCAUGGGCCCCAUCUGCCAGUGCUCCUCUGUCCUGGACGCCACAGACUCUGCGACAGCUGUAGCAUUUGCCCCUCGCGAGGCAUGUGACGGCAGGUACUUGAUGGCAGUGGGGUUGGAAAGUGGGAAGAUUUCCCUGUACUUGUGGAACGCCAGUGCUGAUUCUGCCGUUCUUCGUGACUGGACACCGUGGGCCUCUUUCAGCAAAAACAUGUCGCACACGCUGACUGUGAAGCGGCUGCGUUGGCGGCCCCGGGUGGGGCGCGCGGGAAGCGACACGGACGAUGUUGAGGAUGACGCCUGGCUACAGCUGGCCAGCGCUGGAGCUGACAGCGCUGUCAGGAUAUUUGACGUUUACGUACCCAGACAUUACAUUUGAAAAUUGUAAGGUUGUGUUACAGUUAAUCGAUAGAUAAGUUGCAUGUGGUGGGGUAAAAUGCAGACAACUCUCACCUCUUUCAAGAUGUCUGGCCAGUGUGGUAGACUAGGCUAAAAUAUGUAUUAAUCUGCCUCCAUUCCAGGGGAAGCCAUGUAAUCUGGUCUAGUUUUGUCUUGAAACUCUAAAACGAUGAUUUUUUUUAAAUUGGAGAAACAAUCAAGAGAAAAUGUAUUGAUUUGAAGCUUUCGUGACUGCAGAAAUUCAUACUUUUUGGUUCUUUCGGUAAAGUCACGUGGAUAGAAAAAUAACUAAUAGAUCACGACAUUUCGAUCGCAACACAAGCAAUCGUCUUCAGGUGAAAAAAUACAGCAGGUGGACUGCUUGAGGCAGGAAGAAAUGUAGCGAGAGAGCUACUGUAGCCAAAGGUUAUAUACGUUUGAGGUGGGUACAACCCAAGGGUAAGUGGGCGGGGCUAGAGAUGGAAUUUGCAAGUAAAUGUAAGAUCGCAGAGCUAGGCAUACCUCGGCUAAUCCGAGUGGGGGAGGGAGGGGAGGGGCUGCCGUAACGGGCGAGAGGGUGGGGGUGAAAUUCAAAGAGAAAACAGGGUGAGAGAGAGAGAAAAAGAAAAAAAGAUCAAACUUAGAAAUGUAAUGCAACUCAGAGAGUCGGCCAACACAACAGUUAACACUUUACCUGGUUGAUCAAUGUCUUUCCAAAGAUUGCUAAAUUUGCAUCCAUCUUUUCGGUUGAAGUCAUGUCUGAGUUGUGUGGAAAUCAUCCCCGUAGAGGUGGUUCAAUCUUGAUUUGAAGCUUUCGUGACUACAGGAAUUCAUACUCGACAAUUCUGCCACCUAAACCGUACCUUAAAGUAGUACAGUAUGUGCAUUCAUUCCUCAUACUUCAACUCAAUAUAUAAGAAUUUUACUAUUUCGGAACGUAUGAAACAACAAAUAUAAAUGAUUUGGGGGAAAAGAUUGAGUAAUGCUCAGUCUAUUGUUUGGCCAGGCAUGCAUUUCAUGCCGUUCCAUGUGGUGUGGGUGGCUCACUUUUCACACUGUACUGGUUUUCUGCGCUGCUAUGUGUGCCGUCCAUGCUUGGUUUGUCUUGUGUUGAUCAAGCCUAACACUAUAUUGUGCAGGAUUUCGCCCCCUUUUUAAAUCCUUUAUAUUAAGUUCGCGUGCUUGCGUGCUUGCUUAGGACCGUGCAAAUCUUUCGGUCGUUUUUUAACCCACUUCCCGUGAUCCAAUCGAGCUGACAUUUUCCACACAGACUCGUUGUGCCAGACAAUUAUUGUUCGUGAAAAAAAAUUCCCAAAUUUUUACACUUUUUAGGCAAAAAACAUUUAUUUUACAUAUAUUCAAAUAGAACUAAUUCAUGGCUUUGGCUGAACGUCAGAGUGUAAGAGCCAAGAGCGUAACCCAUCCACAGGCCGUGGCGGAAUAGCGCAGUUGGUAGCGCCCUCGCUUCCCAUGCCAAAGGUCGCGGGAUCUAUCCCCGCGUCCUCCACAGGCGAAUAUAUUUUUAAAUACUUUAUAUUAAGUUCGCUGCCACGCAUAUAAAGGAUUUAUAGUGAAAAACUUUGUUUUUACGGGUUAUACUUAUUUAGCAGUAAAAUUAUGUCAAGAUGUCUGGAAAGAGGCCAUUAAGUGCAAGUGAUCUCAGAAGUGCAAAAAUAUACCGUAUCGCAAUUACUUUGGAUGUAUGUACUGUACAGUAUUUUUAUUUCGUGACUUGUUUUGAGUUAUUAUUUUAUCAUAAAAUCGAUUUUCCAUUCAA